GCCCAGUGUGAAGUGUUAACCUCCAUGCCUGUGUUACUGAGCUCCAUGGGGAGAUAUAGAGACACAUUCAAAUAUUUGUCGGAGUUAACAGAGCCAUCCUGACUUUACCUUGAUCACUUUAACAUCUUGCAUGAGUAACACUAAAGUCCUCCUGAUUAUGGCGUUCUGGGUGAAAACAGUUUUCCUUGUUGUCAACAUGAUAACAUCAGCUGUUAGAGGGAGAGUGGAGAAAGAGCUGUCUCCAGAGUGCAGGGAAUUCCUCUACAUGGCAACACCACCAACCGGAGUGGAACACCAAUCUCUCCAGUUCAUUUGUCAACAUUACAACAAGAAGCCACGCUACGUGACGCUCUACAACAUCGUGGACCACAUACCUGUCUACUCAGCGUACACUUUCAAACGCUCAGGCGGGGACAAAUGUGUGGAUGUCCCGUGGAUGUACGAACCCCAGCUAUCCACAAACUCCGGCACAGAUGAGAUGCAGCCUUUCCCAAGUGGUUAUAUGCACAUGAAUUUUGAAGAUGCCCAAGCUGUUCUGGGGGAUUAUACAAACGCCAUCCAUUACGAACGUGGCUCCCUAAACCCAGACGAGCAUCAAGAUGAACCAGAUGACAAGGCAUCCACCUACACCCUCACUAACGUUGUGCCCAUGGUGCCUGACUUCAACAACAGAGUUUGGAACAAACAGGAGCACAUCAUCCGCAAAAGGCUAAACAAUUACUGUCGUGGAACGGCUUACAUCGUCACAGGUAUCACCACCUCGGGGAAGAUGAUCCGCAGGCUAAACAUGAACCGUAUUGCAGUGCCCACGUACUUGUGGUCCGCUUAUUGCUGUGUUGACUACGACCACAACACACCCUAUAAUGAGCGCUAUAAAUUCCCUUCUUUUGCUCACUAUGGCCUCAAUGAGCAAAACAAUGAGGUUGUAGAAGUCUCUGUCCAGAAGCUGAAGGAGUUCCUUAAGAGGACAACCUUUGUAGAUCUAAACUUUCAGAUCUUUGUGGAUGACUGUGUCCCUCCAGCAUCUAGUAGAACCAAAUAGGCUCAUUUAAAAAGCAGUUAUGACUGAAAUAUCAUGGUCAUUAUAUACGUACUUGUCUUCCUUUGCCUUUUUCAUGUGAUUACAGUGAGAAAAGUUCAGGGGUACUUAUAACAAUGCCUUUGCUCUUAUUUAGCACUCCAGGCAAAGCAGUAUGACAGUGAGUCUGUGCUAAAUACAUGAACACUGAAACUAAGCUUGAUGGUAUUCAGUCAUUUUUUAUUUACCCUCCACAUAAUUGUGCUUUUCCUGCUAUGUAAUGUCAAAUGUGUAUUUGGUCAUUUAUAAAAUGGCUUGAUUAUGUCAUUAAAACAUUGAAUUUGUAGUUUAUACAUACACACUUAGAAAACAAAUGAUUGAACAUCACUAGCUAAGAUUUGAACCCCCUCUGAACUAACCUGACACAAGCAUCUCUAAAACUGUAAAGACAUGUACUGCUUUGUCUUAUUUGAAGUAAUAAACUGUUGAAAACAAAAGUUAAA